AUGGCGUACAUUAUUUCCGUCAAUGCAUCUAUACUCUCUUCAACUGGCGGUCCUUGUGUUUGUGAUCUCGAGGACAAGCAGACGUGUGAUGGCAUCCCAGAAUUCAAAACCUGCAAAGAGGAUGUUCGACGAGAACUGAUCACUGCCACGGCCGCCAUUGCCGGGCUAGCGUCCCUGGUAUUUGGCAUUCUAACCAAUCUCCCUGUUGCCCUUGCGCCAGGCAUGGGACUCAACGCCUACUUUGCUUUCCAGGUUGUCGGUGUAAAUGGAGGCGGAAAGAUCCCAUAUCAGACCGCCCUCACAGCCGUCUUCAUCGAAGGCAUCAUCUUCGUAGUGCUGGCACUGAGCGGCAUGAGGCAGUGGCUGGUUAAGCUAAUCCCCUCCACGUUGAAGGUCGCUACUGGUGUCGGCAUUGGAUUUUUCCUGACAGAAAUUGGACUGUCCUACUCGGUCGGCAUCGGAGUCAUCACCGGCGGUGGCCCAGCGACGCCACUUGCCCUGGGAGGAUGCCCCUCUGAACUUCUCAAUGAAAAAGGAAUGUGUGCAUCCGGUCAAAUGACCAGUCCCAAGAUGUGGCUCGGCAUCUUUUGCGGCGGUAUCGUCACGGCCUUCCUGAUGGCAUACCGCAUCAAAUACUCCCUCGUCAUCGGCAUCGCUCUCGUGUCCGUCAUAUCCUGGCCUCGUAAUACAACCGUGACCUACUUCCCAGACAACGAGGUCGGCAACUUACGCUUCGACUUCUUCAAGCAGAUUGUUGCCUGGCACCCUAUGGACAAGACCCUCAAUAAACUCGACUGGACCUUCAGCCGCGGUGGUUCGCAAUUCGCCCUCGCCCUCUUCACGUUUCUCUAUGUCGAUAUCAUCGACGCCACAGCCACGUUGUAUUCCAUGGUUCGUUUCUGUGGCAUCGACGAUCGCAAGGACGGCGAUUUUCGUCGUUCUACCCUGGCAUACUGCACUGAUGCUUUUUUCAUCUCCAUCGGUGCCUUGUUUGGGUCCUCUCCUGUCACGGCAUUCAUUGAAAGCGGAGCCGGCAUUGCUGAGGGUGGUCGAACGGGAAUCACCGCCAUCGUUUCGGGGUUGUGUUUCUUGGUUUCCAUCUUCUUCGCCCCUAUUUUCGCCUCACUGCCUCCAUGGGCAACUGGUUGUACAUUGAUCAUGGUCGGCUGUAUGAUGAUUCGUCAGAUUACACAGGUCAACUGGUACUAUAUUGGUGAUGUACUGCCUUCUUUUGUAGUCAUGGCCCUCAUACCGUUCACCUACAGCGUUGCGUACGGUCUCAUUGCAGGUAUAUUUGUGUACACCAUACUAAACGGGCUUGUCGGAAUUGUUGUCUAUGUAAGCGGUGGGCGCAUUGAACCACGUGAGUAUGAUCUCAAAGAGUAUUGGACAUGGAAGGGAGUUGGUCGUCCACCCUGGUUUGUAAGAGUUUUGAAGCACCGCUGUCGAGACCAGAAUGAAGAUCGCGACACCGCAUCAGGCGGCAAUGGAACUGACGACAUGGACGGCUCUUCUUCCAUGACCCGAGUCCAACCCGUCUCGAACGACGACUACUCCGCAAAUGCUGAAGCAAAGUUGUAA